AUGGCCCCCCCUCCGCUGCACCCGUCCCACGGGCCCCUCCGCACAACACCCCAAGCCCUGCACUCCACCUACGCGUCGCGCCUCCGGACGGGCACGACGCUCCUCAUGCAGCCCAUCCUCGCGCCGUCCUCUGUGGCCGCCGUCUCGACGCGCACCUCGCGCCGCGGCGGCGUGAUCAACUACACCGAGCCCGGCUCCGGCGACGAGUUCCCCGACGCAGGCGCGGUCGACUCUGACGACUCCGACUUUGUCGCGAGCGGCGGGACGCGCCAGGCGGUCCGGAAUGCGCGCGUCUCCAGCCGCGCCCCCGCUGGGAGUGGGGUGUUCCAUGCGGGAGCGGGGAGCGGGAUGCAGACCCCGGUCGGUGGAGGGCAGCAGUCGCUCAACCAGAAGGCGGAGUUGGAUCAGAGCUACCUGGGACAAGUGCCCCCAGCUAGGUUCAUCACGGCGCGGCAGGUCACGUCACUAAAGCAUGAGUACUAUCCCCAGGUGGCACUUGAUGCACAAGCGGCGAAGCCGACAGCUCUUGUUCCGAUACGCGUCGAGUUCGAAACCGACUCGCACCGGAUACGAGACUGCUUCGUAUGGAACCUCCAUGAAGAGCUCACCUCGCCGGAGAGCUUCGCCCGCAUGUUCUGCUCAGACCUCGAUCUUCCUGUGGAGCCAUAUGCAGACAUCAUCAGCAACCAAAUGCGUGCCCAGCUCGAAGAACACGAGGGCGCCGCCACGAUGUAUCUUGGUGCGGAUGCCGCCAUCCCUAAGGGAAAAGACGAAACACCUGGAGACGAAAUCAGUGAAUGCCGCGUUAUUCUCAGUAUCGACGUGCAGAUUGCGACGCAUCAUCUCGUGGACCACAUUGAGUGGGACUUGCUGUCUCCUCUCACUCCGGAAGAGUUUGCCGUCAAGCUCUGUUGCGAGCUAGGGUUGGCAGGGGAGGCGGCGCCUCUCAUUUCACAUGCUAUACACGAAGAGAUCGUCAAGCACAAGCGCGAUGCCAUCGAAUGGGGUGUUAUCGGUGGAGAUACUCGCGAGGACGAAGCCACUGCCGACCGACCUCGCGACAAAAGUGGCCUGAGUCUACUGAAGGACAAGACAGGUCUUGGUCUCGGCUGGGGCCGAGCUCCGAAGGAUGGACGCGGUCCUAAACCUCUAAAGAGCGUAUGGCGCGACUGGGCGGAGGUUGAAGAAUUCCGUACACGGUUCGAGGUGCUCACCGCAGAAGAGGUCGAGCGCAAAGAGCUUGAAAGGGAACGUGCCAGCAGACGUUUACGUCGCGAAACAUCGAAGUUCCAAUCAACAGCGCGUUCCAGGCUUGCAGCGCGGAGGUGA